UCAAUUCAUUUCAACCAUGAAACUUUACCUAACUCUAUUCGCACUGAAAAUUGUUGAAUCGUGCACACCGUCGUUCAGUGCACCAUUAACUCCAGCAGUGGCACCCCAGCCAAUCAAUAUAAUAUCAAAUUCACCGCCACUCCCGCCAAUUGCGUUCCAAGUUGAUCAGCCAAUUCCUCAUUCUGCCGACUAUGCAGAUGAGCCAGUUGCAGUUCAAAAAGAUAGUAUAAUACCAUUUCACAAUGAGAAAUUGAAGCAGCGUUUUUCAUUAUUCGACAUGUUCCGACCACUUUCUCAGCCUGCAACAACUGCGCCGUUACUCAUUAAAGAGAAACCUGUUGAUAACAUAGCUCUCAACAUUUCGUUCUCACCCCCCGUUCACUGGACAUUCUGCUUCCCUAGUUGUGGGGUUAACGAUCAAGCUGUUGAUGAAGAUGACGCAUAUGAAAAAGCCAAGGAUGAUGUUCUUGACGCGGUCCAAUCUUCAUGUGUUAAUGAGGGUGCCAAAUGUGAUAUUGAUUCAGUAGAUCUUCAGUAUCAUCCCGAGUCUGUCUUAACUGAGGAUUUCGGAUCGUACUAUGACUUGAGCGGCAAUCGAUACAAAAUAAGUGGAAAAACAAUACCGUAUAAAAUAAACAAUAUUCAUCCAGGAAUUAUCAAUAAUUUUGUUUUGCCGAUGAAAAUCACCUUCAAAUUAUCAUCCCCAAUACCAGAGGCAACGGCAAAAAUGUUGAAACAAAAGAUCAUUGACUACCUAGCCGCCCGCAAAUUUCUUCACAUUUCCUCAAACUCCGAUUGAAUAACUCUAGAGAAAACUAGAAUUCAAAAUUCUCGUUUCACGUUCUAGCUAUUAUGUUCAUUUUUCUUCAUUUAAAUGUCAUACUUGAAUAAUGUUAUAUCAAAAAUCUGCGAUUAUUUUCGAAAAGAAACAUAUGCUAUAGAAUAUCAAUGUUUGAUGUCAAUUUAUCACAUGAUGAAAACGGAUUAGUAACGGUUUAACAAAAACUUUUACUUCUUUUUUCUCGUCGUUUUCUUUUAUUUUUUUUUUCGCAAAAGCACAAUACUCUUUCUUUUAAAGUUCACGGUGGUUGCUAAA